AUGCGGUUGUCAAAUUCGAUUUCUCAAGAGCAAGCAUUUGAAAUUCCCUCUUUUCUCAAAUGUUCCCUCUGUUCGGAAUUACUGCAAGAUCCCGUCAUGCACACUUCCUGUCAGUUGUUAUUUUGUUUAAAAUGUGCUCCGUAUGAUCAAACAUGUUCCUUCUGUCAUUGCCCGUUCUCGGUCGAGAGUCUUUGCAAACCUCCAAAAUUUGUCGUUGAAAGCUUGCAGCAGGUGAUGGUUCCGUGUGUCAGAUGUCAUUCCAUGAUGCCCCGACACGAAUUGGAUGUACACAUGGAAACAUGUCCAAUUCCGUGUCAUUUGGGUUGUGGAGCGAAAAUCAGCCCCCUUCAACAACACCAGCACGAAAAAGAAUUGUGUCCAAUGGCCAUUGUUAGUUGUAGCGAUGAGAAUCACUGGUGUGAUUGGAAAGGAAAACGAGAGCAACUGAACACCCAUGUUCAAACAUGUCCAUUUGUUGGUAAUAAGGAAUUUGUUUCAAAGAUACAAGAAAAAUUGGACAUGCUCGACAAGAAAAUUCAAAAAUUGGAAGAACUUGAAGAUAGAAUGAAUGAUAGAACUGUUCAUGCUUUUUGUAAAGGAAUGAAGACACUCGAAUCUUAUACAUUCAGAGGAAAGAAAUUUGUUUCUGACUCGAGUCAAUUUGUGACAAGGAAUUGUGUGUUUAUUGAAUGUGAACUUGUUGGACCUUGGAUGUUUAAUGGAUGCACAUUUGAGAAUUGUAAACUUUUAGGUAGUGAAACAGUCAAAUUAUCCAAGGAGCAAAUGCAAUUUGAAAAUUGUACAUUUUCAGGAGAAGGAAAUACUUUCAGCGGUGUGUUUAUCAGAAAAUGGAACAAAAAUGUAUUUGAGAGCCAGAAUGUACUUUUUUCUCAUUGUGCGCUAUUAGUAGAACAAUUUCAAACAAAUCUUGAAUAUUUAGCUAGAAUUGAAAAUUCAAUAAUUAUUUCUUCUCAAACGCGCCUUAAGGAAAUUUACAACUCAUCAACGACAGUAGGAUUUUCUCACUUCAACAAUCAUAGUAGUUUCAAUUGUACAUUACCUAAGAACGGUUUAUCUAUUACUCUACGGAACUCUUCCAAGGUUAAAACAUAUUCAUUGGAACAUUCUUUUACUGACGGUGCAAUGUUAGCUCUUAAUAAGUCGCAGGCAUCGUUUGGUGUUUUGUAUAAAUUCUUCCUCACGGGACAGAGUAAUGGUGCGUAUUGUGUCAAGAAAUUUGGAAAAGGGUCCAUGACCGUUGAAGAAGCACGACCUGGUUGUUUGUCGAGUAACGAUGCCUUAUUUUUUGCUGAAAUUGGAAGCGCGGGUUCAGAACAGGAGAUUCUUGACGCGUGUUCAAACGUAGCACGAGCAUUAGGUUACUGUUUCUAG